AUGUCACCCUCUUCUACUCUUCCAGCCCAAAAUACCUAUAGCAUAGCUUCCAUUCCUGCCGAUGGUAUCGGUCCCGAGGUUAUCGAGGCUGGUAUCACAGCUCUGAAUGCACUGACCGACACCCUCCAAACGUUCAAAUUGAACUUCACCCACUACGACUGGAGUUCUGAGACGUAUAAGAAGACCGGUAAAUAUAUCCCGGACGGUGGCCUGGACGAGCUCAAGAAGCAUGAUGCCAUUUUCUUCGGUGCUGUUGGUGCACCGGAUGUCCCCGACCACAUCUCUCUAUGGGGCUUGCGUCUAGCUAUCUGUCAGCCCCUACAGCAGUACGCCAACGUGCGUCCAACGCGAGUCUUCCGCGGCACUGAGUCUCCACUGCGCAAGUGCAAGACCGAUGAUCUGGACUGGGUGAUAAUCAGGGAGAACAGUGAGGGGGAGUACGCUGGACAAGGAGGGCGUUCGCACCAGGGAAAGCCAUGGGAGGUCGCAACAGAGACUGCUAUUUUCUCCCGGUAUGGGGUUGAGAGAAUCAUGCGAUUCGCUUUUGAGACGGCCCAGAAGAGACCGCGGAAGCAGUUGACUGUUGUCACUAAGAGCAACGCCCAGCGCAAUGGAAUGGUUCUGUGGGAUGAAGUUGCCAAGUCUGUUGCUGAGGAGUUUCCGGACGUGACCGUGGAUAAAAUGUUGGUGGACGCUAUGACUACGCGGAUGGUCCUGAGUCCUGAGAGCUUGGAUACUAUUGUUGCUACUAACUUGCAUGCUGAUAUCUUGUCUGACCUUGCUGCUGCCCUGGCCGGCUCUAUUGGGAUUGCGCCUACCUCCAACCUGGAUCCCACGCGGCAGUAUCCUAGCAUGUUUGAACCGAUUCACGGGUCGGCAUUUGACAUCACUGGAAUGGGCAUCUCGAACCCUGUGGCUACUUUCUGGACAGCGGCGGAGAUGCUUGCUUGGCUUGGAGAGGAAGAUGCGUCCAAGAAAUUGCUGAAUUGUGUCGAGAAUGUGUGCGAGCAGGGAAUCUUGACCCGUGACUUGGGUGGGAACGCCACUACCAAGGAAGUCACUGAUGCAGUGGUGGUAGAGAUUAAGAAACUUGCGUUGAGCAAGUAG